AGCAGAUGCCUCUGCGCGAACUUCUGCCUUUCUUUGAAUUAAGAUGCAGACUCAGUCUCAACUUGGUUUAUCACUAAUCUGCUCUACAACAGUUGUUCCAUAUCCAUCCUUCCCCUUUGAAUACAAUGUAUAAAAGCGUGUUCCCUCUUUGCCCCCUUUGAGCUUCUCUGCAGACUGCAUGACACUCUGUACUGCUGCUCCUUCUUGCAAGAACUAAAGAACAACGAAAGCCAUUUGAAGACUUCUUUCAUUUAUUACAAAUUCUUUAUUAACAAUUUUGCCGUAACAACCAAACCCAAGAGGCUGCGACAAAGAUGACCACCACUUCCAAAUUCGGACACUUUCGUGUGGUUCUCCUGGGCGUCGGCCUGCUGUGUAUUCUUCAAGGAAGCCUCAACAUCGCUCUGAGACUCGCUCUCAGUAAGCCUUCUGUUAAAGUUGAGACAGAGGGACGCAGCUGUCCUCAGGGCUGGCUGAUGUUCGCCUCCAGCUGUUACUACAUCUCCUCUCAGCAAAACGGGAAAAACUGGGACGAAAGCCGGGAGGACUGCCUGCAGAGAAACGCCGACCUGGUGGUCAUCAACAGCAGACAGGAACAGGCCUUCCUCACUGGAUUCACAGAGGCAGCAUGGGUCGGGAUGACUGACAGGGAGCAGGAGGGGACUUGGCUGUGGGUCGAUGGAACAGAAGUGGACAAAGACAGGUUGCAGUGGGCGAGUGGUCAGCCUGAUGAUGCGUCCAGAGGAGAAGACUGUGGCGACCUUCACACAAGGAUCACUUUCAUCGGCUUGAACGACUUCAGCUGCAGCGCCACAUCCCAGUGGAUUUGUGAGAAAAGGUUACAGUAGUUUGCACUGAGUCAUGGUGUGUAACACACAGUCAGUACUAAGAUGUAACUGUAUCAUUGCAGGUCAUAACAUCUGACGUCCCUUUGAACUCUUCUCAUUCUUCUGUCUCCUGUUUCUUUAUAAUAAAAUCUUUAGGCUCAAAUAUUCAACAUGCAACACAGACCUCUGUUUUCAAUGUAGGAAUCGUUAAGAUACGGGGUUUCUUUCUUUUAUCAUUUCUGUUUCUCUUUAAUGUCUUUCUUUCUUUUCUGUUACUUUUGCCCUUGAUGUAUCAGGUGAGACAUUGUUUGGAUGUCAUUAAUAUUUAAUUCAUCGUCUAACAAGAUCAAAGUGAUUCAGACUUGAAUUAACCCAUUAAUGAUCGGCUACUAAAUUUAAUACGUGAAAGGGGCUAUAUGUAACUUUCAAAAAUACUGCCUUAGUAGCGAUACCGCAUGACCAUUAGGCGAACUGCAUCAGUAACCUGUUGCUCGUCAUACAUGCUCGUACGUACACAAACGAGCAUCAUCAUGUAUUCAUUCUCCAUCCUACAAA